AUGGAUAAGUUAAGUGACAAGGAAAAAGUUGAAGCUCGCGAACAGUUUGAGAAUCAAUUACGUUUCGCUUUCGUUAAAUAUGAUUGCGAAGAAGAUGAAGAAGUGGUAGAGUUUGCUGGAGUGGCCAUACAUCCUACGGAAGAGAUAGAGAAGUAUUAUAAAGUGAUUUGGCAUUCAAGAGUAAAGCCUGUUGAACGUAAACUAAAAAAUAUGUGGAUAAACUUUGGCCCGCAACAUCCGGCAGCACAUGGUGUUCUUAGACUAAUUUUAGAGUUGGACGGGGAAACGGUUGUACGUGCAGAUCCUCAUAUAGGUUUCCUACACAGGGCUACUGAAAAAUUAAUGGAGAAUAAACAUUAUAUACAAAACUUACCUUACGUAGACCGUUUCGAUUACGUUUCAACACUAGCAAAUGAACAAGGUUUUGCAGUCGCUGUUGAAAACUUGCUCAAUAUUCAAGUCCCACCGAGAGCGAAAGCUAUAAGGGUUCUUUGUAGUGAACUUACUCGUAUAGCUAAUCAUCUUUUAAAUAUAUCUGGAACAAUCCUUGAUGCAGGUGGGAUUACUCCGUUUUUUUGGAUGUGUGAAGAACGUGAAAAAAUUUAUGAACUGUGUGAACGUCUUUGUGGAGCUCGGGUACAUUGCGCAUACGUAAGACCAGGAGGAGUAUCUCAAGAUAUUCCUAUAGGAUUUCUCGAUGACGUUCAUGAAUUUUGUAUGAAAUUAGGAGAACGCUGUGAUGAAACUGAAGAUCUAGCUACAGGUAGUAGAUUAUAUUAUGCGAGAACGGCGGGUAUUGGUGUUGUAAGUGCACAUGAAGCUAUUUACAGGGGAUUUAGUGGACCAAUGCUCCGAUGUACAGGCGUUAAAUGGGACUUACGAAUUGCACAUCCAUAUGAUGGGUAUGAUCUAUAUGACUUUGACGUGCCAGUGGGUACUAUGGGUGAUAGUUACGACCGUCAUCUGCUUAGAUUAAUGGAACUGCGUCAGUCAUUAAGAAUCAUAAACCAAGUUAUAGACACCAUGCCUGAAGGAGAAAUAAGAACCGACGAUUCAAAAAUAUCGCUACCCCUUAGAGCAGAAAUGAAAACGUCUAUGGAAGCGCUUAUUCAUCACUUCAAACUUUGUACUGAAGGCUUCGUAGUACCACCAGGUGCAACUUAUACUGCUGUCGAAUGUCCUAAAGGCGAAUUGGGUUUUUAUAUGGUAGCGGAUGGCACCUCUAAACCAUAUCGUGUUGGUAUAAGAUCUUGCUCUUAUAAUCAUUUAGCAGGAUUAGCGUUUAUGGGUAAAGGAUUAAUGCUCGCUGAUAUAUCUAUCUUGAUCGCAACAAUUGAUAUCGUAUUUGGUGAUAUAGAUCGG